CUUUCCGUUUUGACAACUGGCGGGAUUUCUCUGCAUGGUAGUCGUGAAGUGGACAGACCUUAAAAAAAAGUAUAUUUUUUACGAGGUUCCGCCGUUAAAACUAUAACAACAACAUGAUGGCUACAAACGGAAAAGACGCGCAAAAUCUCGGCAAAGGCGUUUUUACGGACAAGUCAGUUGCGGUGAACGGAGCCGCCACCGAGGCUUCGUGUCACUCGCAGCGGCAGAACGGAGCACCCGAGCGGGCUGAGAGAUUCACCUUCACCCCCAAACCCACCAUCGAGGACAUUAGGCGGAUGCAAGCGGAGUUCACGGACGAACGGGACUGGAAUCAGUUCCACCAGCCCCGCAACCUGCUGCUCGCUAUGGUCGGAGAGGUGGGAGAGGUGGCGGAGCUCUUCCAGUGGCGGGGCGAGGUGGCCGAGGGUCUGCCGGACUGGACCGAGUCGGAGCGGGAGCACCUGGCGCACGAACUCAGCGACGUGUUGAUCUACCUGGUGGAGCUCGCCGAGAAGUGUCGAGUAGACCUUCCCCAAGCGGUGCUUCGCAAAAUGGCCCUAAACCGAGUGAAAUACCCCGCCAGCAAGGUGCAGGGCUCGGCCAAGAAGUACACUGAAUACAAAGACUGAGUCUGGGUGUCAGCAGCUCCAGCAGACACUCGCUCACUCACAUGCUGCACUUCAACUAUCGCCUGCUGCUGAACAUUUAAUCCCUUUUGGUUCUGGGUUAACUUGAUAACUUAAUGUUUGUGUAUUUUCUUGGAUGCACAUUUGUUAGCCUACAUAUGCAAAGGCACUAGAAGGGAUACUGCAUGUUUUAUUGAGGUUAACUUUUUAUAUACUGUUUUUUAGUCCGAUCAUUGGUGUAUACUCUUAUAGAAGAUAUUACUGUUGUGCAGUGCCUUUUUGGGGGGAGUAUCUAGAAGAAUAUAUUUUUAAAGGUUAAAGCUUGACUUCAGUUUAGGAGUGUGACGGAUGAUGAUCAAUGUCCUGAUCACAGUAAUUGUGACUUGUUUUGAGUUUUAGAUUUAUCCUCAUUUCGCAUCUGGGUUGGAUCAACUCAUCUUCUGUUAUGUUUCAAAUCAAACUUCCUGUCACAGUUGUUCCUGAAGUAAAAGUUGCUUUAACUCUG